CCUUUCAGGAUUAAUUUAUUCAAAAAGGAAAUAAAAAAUACUCAAUAUGCAAAAGUCUUGUGAAGAAAAUAAGGGAAAACCACAGAACAUGCCAAAGGCCGAGGAAGAUCGCCCUUUGGAGGAUGUACCACAGGAGGCAGAAAGAAAUCCUCAACCUUCCGAAGAAGGUGUAAGCCAGGAGGCAGAAGGAAACCCCGCAGGAGGGCCCAAUCAGCCUGGCCAGGGAUUUAAAAAGGACACACCCAUUAGGCCUUUGAACCCUGAAGAAAUGAUAAGAGGAGUAGAUGAGCUUGAAAAGCUUAGGGAAGAGAGAAGAAGAGUAAGAAACAAGUUUGUGAUGAUGCAUUGGAAGCAAAGACAUUCACAGAGCUGUCCUUAUCCUGUGUGCCUCAUGCCUUGA